AUGCAAAAUUAUUACGAAUUCUUUGUUCAAAUCCAAUCACAACUUAAAGACAUAUUGAUCAUCCCUCAUUUCUCACAAAAUAAAUUAAUUCUUGUUGAUGUCAUCUCUUCCAAUAAAAUUGGACAAAUUCAAAUAAAUGGUAAUUGUUCUAUUUUAUGUGUUGACGGUAAUAAAUCAGAUAGUUUUGACAAUGAACUAAUUGGUCAGAAAAUUUUUGAAUUCUUCUCUCAGCCAAUACCCGUUAAGUGUUCAAUACUUGAUCAGCCACUAAGUGUAAUAGAUCAAGGUGCAAAUUAUUCACAAAAUCAUCAAGGACCAAUCUCAGAGAUACAACCAACUCUACAAAGAAAAACAUACUCAACAAUACCUGAAAGGUACCAACUACCACCACAACCAAAUUUUUUAUCUCCAUUAUCACUACAAACAAAAUUAUCUCAAGUAAGUCAGAACACGAGUCAAAUGAAUGUCUCACAAGGUUCCGGACAAGGAACAUUCCCCCCAACUCGUAAACAAAAAGUAACAAAAGACAAAAAAAUGAGUAUGUCAAAAGUAAAACAGGUCAAUGAUACAGAACUUAAAACAUCUACAACUAAAAGACAUAAAGAAAAAGUUAGUAAUGUCGAUCCAUCUCCACCAAGUCAUAGAAUUGAUAACUCUAAUCAGCUGCCUGUUGAUGACAAAUGUAGGUGGAGUCCAAUAAAACCGGAAAGUAAAAAAACAUCUCCUCAAAAAAUUGAACAUAAAGAAAAAAAGGAUCAAAAAGAAAAACGUGAUGCAAAAGAACAAACAGAAGGCUCAAAAUUUAAAGUUUUAAAAAAGAGAUGA